AUGGUCACCAGCGUGGCGGGGUGCAGGUUUUGCGAGAUUGCUCACCACCGCAAAGAAGUUCAAUUGCGGUCGAAAGAAAGGGUUUUUUUCUCAUUCAGUUUUCAUUCUCAUAUUUAGCACUCCUGAAAUUUUUGAAUUUUUAUUUUAGUGUGUAGUGAUCGAGGAUAUCAACCCGAAGGCGAGAUAUCACUUUUUGGUCCUCAGCAAAACGCACAUUCCGCGACCGACGGACCUCACCGCAGCCGACAUUCCUCUGAGUUCGUUUUCCUCUUCUUUCGAAAAAAAAAAGAAUAAAGGCUAACCUGUUUCCCGUUUUCACCCGUUUUGGUUGGUGUAAAUUGAAGGACGAAAUGAUCCAAAGUUGAUAUAAAUAGUCAAAAUCAUCCGAUAAAGGCUAAGGAGUUUGUUCCGACGCAAUCGUCUGAGGUAUUUCCGAGAGUCCCUAUAGGGGUUUGUCGUUUUAAGGUCCCUUAAAAGGGGUUUAGAAUCUGACCCGUAUUCUAAAGCUUUAGGGGUCCCUAUAGGUUGGAACUUGAGUUACUUGUUUUGUUUGUUUGUUUAUUGCAUCUUCAAUGUAAGAGUACAUGUGCAAUCGACUUUCAUUGAUUUGACUGUGUUUAAACGGCGGCAGGAGCUGUGGCUUAGGCAGAGAAGUUGUGAAUUUCGCUCGUAGAACAUCAGGUACAAGAGAGGUCGUAGGAAGAAGUACGGUGCCGGCUUUCCAAAGGCCGAUGGCAGAGAUUGAGCCUUUUCGCUGCAUGCAGCUCCCAAUUUUAUCUACCCCGGAGGGAUAAAAGGCUUGGUCGACCUCGGGGGGACUCGAACCUACGACCUUGCGGACGUUAGAAAUGAGUUAUUCCAGCUGAGCUAUGCCGCCCCUCCUUGAGUUACUUAAUUUUUUUUAAAAAUCUGAAUCCCAGUCCUCUAUUUAUUUACUUGAUGGACCCAUGCCUAAAGUUAUGUAUAUUUCCUAUAUUUCAAACUCACUAGUUAAUAAAAUAUUAUCAAUUGUCAAAAAAUAUCGAUUCUACUUUAUCGACUAGGAUGAAACGUUUUUUGCAACUCAAAACUAUUGAACCCCUAAGGGGACCUCUCGGAGCUUGACCCCGUCAAAGUUUGUAAAGUUGUCGAUCACGCCAAGCCUAGAAACGCCAGAGUGACCCCUAUAGAGUUAGAGAGAAAAACGACAACACUAUAGGAUAAAAAAAGCGCUCUCUCUAGGGGUGAAAUUCAGGUGGUAAAUAUAGAGGUUUAGGGUCUGACCCUUAAGGCCAUGAAGCUUCCGAUAGGGUCUUUUAAUUUUUUGUUCAGAUUUGCAAGUCUGAAAGAAAAACAUGAUCAUAUCGACUAGAGUUCUCAAAAGUAAAUGUUUGAACGAACGUUCAACCAAACAUUUUCCGAACGUUUGAUGAAUUCGACCAAUUAGUUAAAUUUCACAUGAACCGUUUGUUAAAAACUUCAUUUUGGUUAAAUUUCAUAAAUGAGCAUUUAAAAAAAUGAACAAUUACUUAUUUUUUUCGAAAAAAAUUUUUGGUUAAAAAAAUGAAAAAUUUAAAUUUCAUUUUUGAAAUUUUUUUGGUCAAAAAAAGUAAACAUUUAAAAUUCAUUUCGAAAUUUUUGGUCAAAAAAAGUGAACAUUUAAAUUUCACUUUUGAAAAAUUUUUGGUCAGAAAAAGUAAACAUUUAAAGUUCACUUUUGAAAAUUUUUGGUCAAAAAAAUGAACAUUUAAAUUUCACUUUUUAAAAAAAUUUUGGUCAAAAAAAUGAACAUUUAAAAUUCAUUUUAGAAAUUUUUGGUCAAAAAAAUGAACAUUUAAAUUUCACUUUUUAAAAAAAUUUUUGGUCAAAAAAAGUAAACAUUUAAAUUUCACUUUUUGAAAAAUUUUUGGUCAGAAAAAGUAAACAUUUAAAGUUCACUUUGAAAAAUUUUGGUCAAAAAAAGUAAACAUUUAAAUUUCACUUUUUGAAAAAUUUUUGGUCAGAAAAAGUAAACAUUUAAAGUUCACUUUUGAAAAUUUUUGGUCAAAAAAAUGAACAUUUAAAUUUCACUUUUUAAAAAAAUUUUGGUCAAAAAAAGUAAACAUUUAAAUUUCAUUUUGAAAAAUUUUUUUGGUCAAAAAAAGUAAACAUUUAAAAUUUCACUUUUAGAAAAUUUUUGGUCAAAAAAAGUGAAACAUUUAAAUUUCACUUUUUGAAAAAUUUUUGGUCAGAAAAAGUAAACAUUUAAAGUUCACUUUGAAAAAUUUUUGGUCAAAAAAAUGAACAUUUAAAUUUCACUUUUUAAAAAUUUUUGGUCAAAAAAAGUAAACAUUUAAAUUUCACUUUUGAAAAAUUUUUGGUCAGAAAAAGUAAACAUUUAAAGUUCACUUUGAAAAUUUUUGGUCAAAAAAAUGAACAUUUAAAUUUCACUUUUUAAAAAAAUUUUUGGUCAAAAAAGUAAACAUUUAAAGUUCAUUUUGAAAAUUUUGUUCAAAAAAAUGAACAUUUAAAAUUCGUUUCGAAAAUUUUUGGUCAAAAAAAAGUGACCAUUUACUUUUUCACUUUCAAAAAAAUGUGGUCAUUAGGGCGAACAUUUAUUUACUAGUCAGAAUAUGAUUGUUUAGAAAAUGACCAUUCAUUUUUCAGUCAUUAUUUGAAAAGUCACAAAAUGAAAAGAAUGAAAGUGAUCAAUUUUGGUUGAUCUUUCAAAAACGACAUUCGUUUGAAAUGUCAAAAAGAAAAUUUUUCGUUUUUGAAAAGUGUCAUUUUUUUCAAUUGGUCAUUUUGAGAACUCUAAUAUCGACCUUCUUUCUGAGACUACUAACUAAACCCUUAUAGGAGUAGGUAAAAUGAUCCCUAUAGGGGAACCUUCAAGGGUCCUUAUUUUAGACCCGAUAGAGACCACUUUGGAGCUGGAAAGUUUUUCAGUUCUUAGCAUUUUUCAGUUGAGAAUCAGCGAUUGAAAAAGCUUGAACAAGCCUGCUUUUUGCUCAAUUCUUUUUUUUUUGCUCGGACCUUUUUUCAGUCUUAAAAGUUUACUUGUGCGAAUCAAACAAAAAAAGAGCAUGUUUUUCCGUUUGCAAAUCUUUGAGAGCUCAGCGGCUCACUAAAAAGGUUACGAUUGGGCGCCUUCAGUUGAAGAAAUGGAGAGCACGGGACGAGAGUUGCUGCGCGCGACGCUCAAAGCCAACGGCGAGGCCGACACCGUCGAGGACAUGCUUCGCAUCGGAUUCCACUAUCCGCCGAUGAUCUCGAUCAACCACCUCCACAUGCACCUCAUCUAUCCUCUGAGCACGGUCAGCAUCCCACACGCCUUACGCCUUUCUUCGAGUACCCUGUCGAGACAAGUUGAGGUCGUUCAGAUGGGUCUCAUUUCGAGAACGCUCACGUUCCGGCCUGGCAAAGUGUUCAAAUCAACUGGCCAAGUUGUCGAGGCACUUCGCAAAGCUGCGGGUCUUCCUCAUCCACUCGAAGGUCUGUGUUUUUUUUCAGGAACAAAAACGACCGCGAGUCCUCUUCCCUCUAUUUCCAUCACCACAAGUUCCGCACUUGUAGUCUCCUACAUUUGUUCCGUAAAUUAAGCACUUGUGAAAAAAUUUAACAUUUGGAUUGAAAACUUUCUUUUUUUUCCGAGAUCUGCAAUUUUUAGGCAAUCCUGCGAAGAAUGACAACGCAGACGAGCUCCCAGCACACGCCGUCGCCAACUGA